UGCCUCUUGUUAUGUUUAGACAUCUAUGGCCCUGACCUACUUAUGAAUGGCCAUAAACUUGCCUGAAAGACUUGUGUAAUGAGAGAGUUACUAAACAAGAUGAUAGAGAGAGAAAGCACACUUAUCAUUCUUGCUUUGGUUUUUUGCACCAGUUGAACUAAAACCCCUCCCUAAACAACUUCAAGGCCCACCUUCACAAACCUAACCAAAAACCACUCGUAAUUUCUUUUCAAUCUUUUAGAGUUCUGAUUAUCCAAGCCAUGGAUACAGAUGAAUUCAAUUUCCCUAGAAUCAGUGAUACUCAUGCACAUACCAUUGAUUCACCUCUUUUGUGGAAUCUGUCACCAGCAGCAUCUCCUAAUCCAUACCAAAGAAACAAAGGAGAAGAAGAUGGUGAUUUCUUUGGAGCAAAACUGAUAUCUCAGGUUCAGAGGAAGAGCUUCUCAUCAGUUGAGACCAGAAUUCAACAACGAACUUUGUUGGAUGAUGAUGAUGAAGAGGAGAAAAUGGACUUGUUGUGGGAGGAUUUCAAUGAGGAGUUGAUGUGUUCUUCAACAACUGGUUCUUCUGCUACAUCUUCUUCAAGAGAAGUUGUUGAAUGCAGAUGUGCUACUCCAGCUUCCUCAAGAUUUGCCAGUAAUAACAAUAAUAAUAAUAAUGAUGCACUAGUUCCAGCAACUAAGAAUAUCAAUAGGCCUAGCAUGGUGGUGAUUGUGAAGGUCUUGAAGAAGCUCUUCUCUGUUAACAACUAUCAAAAGAAACCAAGAAGGAGAGUAAGAUAA